AUGGCGUCCUCCAAGUCCUUGCCCGCGGUGUGCCUGCGGGCCUGCUACGCCGUCACGCUCGGCCUCCUCAUGUGCGUCGACGGCGUCGUCUGCAAGCUCGCGCUGAUCACGCCGGACUGGCUCGUGGCCCGCGAGAAGCGCGAGGGUUUGGCGCUCGUCCUGUCGCACUACGCCUUCGCCGCGGCGCUGUCGCUGUCGCCGUGGAUCCGCGUCGUCGCCGACGGCGACCUGGGCCCCGUCUGGGCCGACGUCGUCGGCCACAUCCGCGACGAGGCCGACGCGCGGCCGCUGUUCCUCGUCGGAAAUCACACGUCGUUCCUCGACACGGUGCUCACGGUGGCCAAGGCGCCCAUCGCGCUCAUCUACCGCAGCCGGACCUACGUGAGCUCCCAUUUGCUGUCCAUGCCCGUCCUCGGCACGGUCAUCAACGCCAUGGGCCUCUUCACGGUGAACUUCCGCGCGAGGACGGCCGACGACUACUCCGUCGACAAGGAAGCCAUGGCGAAGAUGCAGCUCCGC